UGCCGUCAAAGACAGACGAAAAAAAUAACAUCGCAAGCAAAAUUAAAUAGUUGAAGUUUCUGCUGCAUUUGCACAGCGUUGAGAAGCCGUCGCUGAGUAAAUAACGGUAAUCGCUUAAUUAAAACAUCUAGCAACGUGUUAAGGAGAGAAAUCAGACUGGCGUGUCUUCAGGGUUAUGGGAGUUGGCGGUAGUACCAACAGGGACGAUCGUUAUCGAAGCCCUUCACCUAACAGCUAUGCAUACCGAGAGUACGAUCGACCACCAGGGCGCCAGCAGGAAGUAUCGUAUAACACCUCCCGAACUGUCAGUGAGCACAGCGUGGGGCCGCGUAUUGUUGUGCACGGUGUGCCGUAUAUAGAUCGCCCCAGUCAAUAUGAGGUCAGGCAACGAACCUCGGCGCGAACACAAACGCAGAGUAAACACAAGCAAACACCCGCAAUGCAUACACUCACGGACGCGUCAAUGUGUCCGCAGGAGGUUGGCGCUACUUCCACAACACCACCAGCGCUAAGGCCACCACAACCAACACACGCACGUACGGGCGCACUAAUGUGUCCGCAAGAUUUCGGCACGUCAACACGGCUGCCACCAAUGCCCGUACAAUCGACACCAAAAGCGGCUCCACAACUAACGCGGCCACCACAGUCAAUACCACUGGAGUUAUUACCAACAACAACAGCCCAACAAGCGCCACCACCAACUCGUAAUCCGAUUGAAACGUGCAAUUGCAAAGCCUGCCGUGAACGAGAUGAGACUUUAGCUGCUUAUGCCGCCGGUCCAGCAGCAGCUGCCACAAGAACGUAUGUUGCACCGAAUGAAUGCUCGACAUCUGUAGCAGCACCGAAACAUACCUCUUGUACUACGACCGAUCCAUCAUGUACCAGCAACUCCAGAGUACCGCCGAGAUCCAACAGCACAGCUUUCUCUGCUCUACCACAGAGUACAAGAAUUGAGUGCGAUGCCAGUGGUUCAUGUAGGAGGGUGUUGAAUGAUACCCGCACGCUUGAUAUAACUGCUAUAGAACGCCCUGAAACCAACUACAGCCACAUGCACAGGGAUUCAUUUUAUGCUGACAAAACAAACCGCAUGAAUGAAAGCUCCUUAGCGCCCUUGCAGCAAGCGCAAGCAUCACAGCCGGAAAGGCAGACAUACUAUGAUGAGAGAGCCACGACCAGUUGUGGUGCUCCAUCAGAUCCCCAACCAGAUUUCCAUCACGAAUGCUUAGAAACUCAUAACCGACUACGGGCUCGUCAUCGAAACUGUCCGCCGCUAACGCUGAGCAAUGAAUUGAGCAAAUAUGCCCAACAAUGGGCGAAGCAUCUCGCCGCCACCGGCCGCCUCGAACAUCGUCAAGUUCACACUUAUGGCGAGAACUUGUACACAGCACGUGGUAUGGAGGUCACAGCCGCUAAAGUGGUGCAGAGUUGGUACGAUGAGAUACGUUAUUAUGACUUCUCCAAAGGAUCCUACAAACCCGGCACAGGACAUUUCACACAAAUUGUUUGGCGUGAGAGUCGACAACUCGGCGUGGGCAUUGCGACAAAAGGUGACACCACGUACGUCGUUUGCAAUUACAAUCCGCCGGGCAAUAUUUUGGGCAGUUUCGACAGUAUGGUGCCGCCAUUGAAGUGAAGUGGUGGUGGUGGAGAUUGGAGCGAACGGAGUGUGAUAAACUUCAGCAGAGCCAAAAAUAAUGGGGAAGAGGGGCUACGGGAAGAAGCUGUGGAAUUAAUUAUUUUUGAAUUAAUUUUUUUAGCUUCUCCGUUGCAACUUCUUCUUCAACGAUUAAAUUGUUUUAAGCGCACUUUUUUUUACCAAUUUUAA